CAUUCGGACCAGCUUAGCUUCCCUAACUCACAAGACUUCGCCAUUGCUUUAGCUUGGAAGCAGCCAUGGAUCUUCUCCUUCCUCUUCUUUCUUCAAUGUUUCUGUUUAUAAUGGUUGGGGAAGCAAAUCAUCCUUCCUUAGAGCCACAAGUCUAUUGGCGCACCAUUCUUCCUAAUACUCCUAUGCCAAGUGCUAUUGCACAACUCCUCCAGCCAGACGUGUACAACAAGAACACAGACACCUCAGUGACCGUCGGUAAGAACGGAGUCAACGUCAACACCGGCAAAGACACCACAGUUAGCGUCGGCAAUGAUGGGGUCAACGUCAACACCGGCAAAGGCACCACAGUCGACGUCGGUCAUGGCGGAGUCAAUGUCAACACUGGUAAGUCAAAGCCUGGCGGCACCACCGUUGGGGUCGGAAAAGGCGGAGUCGACGUCCACACCGGCAAAGGCACCUCCGUCAACGUCGGCCACGGAGGCGUCGGCGUCCAAACUGGUCCAAAUCACAAGCCCGGCGGCACCACCGUCAACGUCGGCAAGGGCGGCGUUGGCGUCGUAGUGAAACCCAAGGGCAAGCCCGUCGUUGUCCACGUCAGCCCCUUCGUCUACAAUUACGCCGCUUCCGAUGAUCAGUUACACGAUGGCUGUUGCGGUGUGUCAUACGGAUACGGGGAGGUGGAAUCCGAAGCAUUUGGCGUUUAGGGUGCUGAAGGUGAGGCCGGGGAGUGUGCCGGUGUGCCACUUUCUGCCGCGGGACCAUGUGGUGUGGGCGGCGAAGGCUUAGAGAGGGAUGGAUGUGGCCGUUUGUGUUGGUAUGGAUUUGUCGUUGGUAUGGAUUUGUGUUGAUGUUGUUGCAUUAGAUUAUGAAUGGUUAAGUAAUCAUAGUAUAUAAAUAAAUUUUUAUAAUGAAAUAUUGUGUAUGUAAUGCUGUGGUAGUUUGAUUUUCAUUUUCAUUGUGGGUUGCCAUGUUGUUUGGAAUAUAUGCUAUGUUAUUAAUUUGAUUUAAAGGGACUUAAAA